AUGGACCCCCGCUCAGCCAGAGGGCGUGUGUCAUGCUGGGAACGAUGGUUGCAAAAUAUGGAAACCAAGUUGACUGUUUCUAGCGUGAGUGCGACGCAGCAGAGCUCGCGUCCCCGGUUGCUGGGCGGCUGUGAGUUCCUGUGGGCGCACUGGCAGGCCCAAGGGGGUGAGGGACAAGACCCGCUGUGGCGUCGUCUGGAGCUCUCCAGCCCCUUCCUCCCCCCAGCACAACCUCUCCUCCCACCGUACUGGAAAGGGGGCGUCGAGGCGGUGGUCGCCUCGCCGCGCGCCUCCCCCACCGGCCUUUGUCGCCCAGCUCCUCCUAGGCCUUGGUCAGGGGUUCGCGCCUACCAGGACGCCUCAAAAUCCACGAGCAAGUUUCCACUUCUGAGACCUCAGCGGCCUUUCCCGACGUGGGGCCCACGCCUUCUCUAUUCCCCUGGCCGGGUUGUUCUGACUCGCUUCUCUGCACCCCAGCCUGAUAGCGUUCCCGAACCUGAGCGCCCCAGGGAGCAACUGUCGAGUUUCAUCGAGGCGGAGGCAUCUCGGCCCCAGACUGGAGGUCUUUGGUCGAGCCGUAUUUUAGAUAUCCCCUGUAAAGUGUGCGGCGACCGCAGCUCGGGGAAACACUACGGGGUCUACGCCUGCGACGGCUGCUCGGGGUUUUUCAAACGGAGUAUCCGAAGGAAUAGGACGUAUGUCUGCAAGUCUGGAAACCAGGGAGGCUGCCCGGUGGACAAGACGCACAGAAACCAGUGCAGGGCGUGUCGGCUGAAGAAGUGUUUGGAAGUCAACAUGAACAAAGAUGGUAAUCACUCUUUUGUGGCCACUUCUAAGCCUGUUAGUCUCCCGCAGAAUCUCGCAGUCUGGAUAGACUUCGAGGGUGGAGAUCGUGGGGACUGGGGCACUGUGUCGGAGGAGGGAGGGCAGAGACGCAAGCACUCGGAAUUUCAAGCCCUUUACCCCCAUGAAGUGAAUGGGACCCCAAUGUAUCUGUAUGAAGUGGCCACAGAGUCAGUGUGUGAAUCAGCUGCCAGGCUUCUGUUUAUGAGCAUCAAGUGGGCUAAGAGUGUACCAGCUUUCUCCACGCUAUCUUUGCAGGACCAGCUGAUGCUUUUGGAAGAUGCUUGGAGAGAACUGUUUGUUCUAGGAAUAGCACAAUGGGCCAUUCCGGUUGAUGCUAACACUCUACUGGCUGUAUCUGGCAUGAAUGGUGACAACACAGAUUCCCAGAAGCUGAACAAGAUCAUAUCUGAAAUACAAGCUUUACAAGAGGUGGUGGCUCGGUUUAGACAACUCCGGUUAGAUGCUACCGAAUUUGCCUGUCUAAAAUGCAUCGUCACUUUCAAAGCUGUUCCUACACACAGUGGUUCUGAACUGAGAAGUUUCCGGAAUGCUGCUGCCAUCGCAGCCCUUCAAGAUGAGGCUCAGCUAACCCUCAACAGUUACAUCCAUACCAGAUAUCCCACUCAACCCUGUCGCUUUGGAAAACUCCUGUUGCUUUUGCCAGCUUUACGUUCUAUUAGUCCGUCAACGAUAGAAGAAGUGUUUUUCAAAAAAACCAUCGGCAACGUGCCAAUUACAAGACUGCUUUCAGAUAUGUACAAAUCCAGUGACAUCUAA